UGCCCCUGUUAUGGACUCCAGCGCCCAGGGAUUACAGGCGCAUAUUCAGGGAUUACAGAGUUUGGAUGUUGAGGAACGUCAGGUUCGGAUUAUGUCAGCCAUAACGGACCGGAGCUGCAGAGGAAGAGCAGGUCAUACGACCAGGUACCCUGCAGGAGAGGCUGUUGCCUCUGUGCCACUACAACGCUCCUCACGGAACAGUGGCCAGUUGAACGUCGGGGCCAUCCGAGGUCUGGAGUUUGUCAUUCCUUCAAUUAAGCAGGAGUCAAUACUCAAAGAAAACCUUGCCUUUUCCAAGUUGUCCAUGACGACAAAUACCGACAGAAUUGAGAAUGUAUUUGAACGGAAGUAUCGACUACGCCGAGAAGAAUAAGAAGAAAACAAAAGGGAAAUUGUUAUGGAAAGGAGCCCAGCACAAGGCCAUCUCCCGACACGUCGAAGCCUUCCCGCCUGCCUUCCCAAAAGCGGAAAAACACGGAAAAAAGGUGGCGCAGAGAGAAGGGAACAAAGAGAACCGGUCCGAGGCGGACGUCUCGGAGGUCCAGGGAGAGGUGAAGCGAAGAAGCGUGUUUGAGAAGGCCGUCUAUGACCUGAAGCACUGCGAGAGGGUGAUGGACGAGGUGACCUUCGGGCGCAGGGUGUCUCUUUAUGAGCUACGAGGGGAGAUCGGGUCUGGAAACUUCUCCCAGGUCCGACUCGGGAUACACGACCUGACCAAUGAGAGGGUGGCGGUGAAAAUCCUGGACAAGGCACGUUUUGAGAAGCAGAGUCAGGAAUUGUUCCACUCGGAGAUCUCUUGCAUGCAGAAGCUGGCCCAUCCGAACGUUGUGCGCUUGUAUGAGGUGGUGGAGACCUUCAAGAGACUCUACCUGGUGAUGGAGUAUGCAGACGGAGGAGAGCUUUUCUCCCACAUCUGCGCCAGUGGGCGCCUGUCAGACCUUGAGAGCAAGCUCACUUUCGCCCAGGUGCUGUCUGCAGUCAAACACAUGCACGACAGCGACAUCGUCCACCGGGACCUAAAGGCCGAGAACGUCUUCUUCACGGCCAGCCGCUGCGUCAAGGUGGGCGAUUUCGGCUUCAGCACCGCCUGCGGCCGCGGCAACACCCUGGCCACCCCCUGCGGCUCCCCUCCCUACGCCGCCCCAGAGCUCUUCGGACAGAAGGCCUACGUGGGCCAGAGCGCCGACGUCUGGGCCCUGGGCGUGCUGCUCUACUUCAUGGUGAGCGGCGCCCUGCCGUUCGCCGGCACCAACCUGCACACGCUGCGCAGCUCCAUCCUGCUCGGGGGCUUUGCCGUGCCGGCCCACGUGCCCCAGCCCUGCCAAAGACUCCUCACCGACAUCCUGAGGCGGGUGCCGGCGGACCGGCCGACCGUGGAGCAGAUCAUGGCCUGUGAUUGGCUGCGGGGGGUGGAGUACCCGCGGGCCUUCCCGCCGCCGGGCCUCACGCCGGGACACCUGGCCGACGCCUCCCGCGUCCUGAGCGCCGACGAGACGGACGCCAAGGCGGCUCUGGCGGCGCUGGGCGUCACGGAGCUCCACCUCCUCCGUGACCGCAGCCCGGAGCUGCGGGGCGCCAUCACGGGGACCUACAGGGUGCUGCACCACCGCAUCCAGAAGAGGAGGUCCGCGGAGGCCCUGGGGUACCACGGCGUCGGGUCCCACGUGUCGCUGGGCGGAUUGGGGCAGGAGCGCGUCGACGCCGGGGGCGGGGGCGGCCGGCGGCUCACGGUGGUCUGUGUGAUCAUGUAGGGUCUGCUAAGGUGGAGGACAUGGCCGUGGGUGGGGCCCAACGGGUAGCUGAUGCUACUGUGGUUUACUCAGGUGGACACAUAAAGUAAUAGCAGAUAUCGCUAUCUCGGAAUACUGGGCAAUAUCCCAUGAUUGAGAUCUCAAACUCUGGGAUAUUGCGUGACGUUCGUGUCGUCACGCUACUAAACAUGAACCGCUUAUAAAAACAAAUGAAUCCCAGCAAUAAGUGUUAUCUUGUUUAUUUGUGUUCACGUGUAGUGUAUACUAAAACAAUUAUUCACCUCAUUCACCUCAUUCACCUUAUUCACCUUUGGGGAAUAAUAAAUAAAUAAAAAUAUCGACCAAGUUACCUGUU